GGUCUCGUGGGAUGCUUCGCUCCGUCUAUUGUCCUCCCAUUCCUCAGUGCUGAUGCUUAAUUUUCAAAAGUUGGAUAUUACCAAGGGACCUACGACAUCAGCCGAGAAAUACCCUGCAAGUACAAAAUCCGUGAGCCAGCCCCGUCCGUGCAGAGGGGAGACGCUCGCCUUGCACCAGCUUUUCCCAUCCUGAUUUCCCGCACACAGCACGCGAGGGGAGACUUUUCCGUUCAUCGCACAUUUGGGGGAUUUUAACGCUUUUUUUUUUUUUUUCCCCGCCAUCGUCGGAGAGGAGAGGAGGGGGAGAAAAAACAACAACAACAACAACGUGUUACUUUGGAGAAAAACACAAUGUCAGCGACCUUCCCGGGACUUGUCCACGACGCUGAGAUACGUCACGACGGAUCAAACAGCUACCGGCUGAUGCAGCUCGGUUGCCUGGAGUCCGUGGCCAACUCGUCGGUCGCCUACUCCUCCACCUCCCCGCUCACCUACCCGGCGCCGGCGGGCACGGAGUUCGCCUCUCCUUAUUUCUCGGCCAACCACCAGUACACCCCCCUGCACCACCAGUCCUUCCACUAUGAGUUCCAGCACUCCCACCCGGCCGUGGCCCCGGAGGCCUACGGGCUCAACUCGCUCCACUCGGGCCAGUACUACCAGCAGAUCCACCACGGGGAGCCCGCGGACUUCAUCAACCUGCACAACGCGCGCUCGGCUCUCAAGUCGUCGUGUCUCGACGAGCAGCAGCGGCGAGAGCUGGGCUGCCUCGACGCUUACCGGCGACACGACCUGUCGCUCAUGACGUCACACGGCUCCCAGGCCUACGGCGUCGGGAUGCACCAUGCGGACCAGAGGCUGCUGCCUGCCGCCGGCCUGGGCCUCUCCUCGGCCGCGGACGACCUGCAGGGCUCCGUGGAAGCGCAGUGUGGGCUCGUGCUCAACGGCCAAGGGGGCGUCAUCCGCAGAGGGGGAACUUGUGUGGUGAAUCCGACAGAUCUAUUCUGCUCGGUACCAGGUCGACUGUCGCUACUCAGCUCCACCUCUAAGUACAAAGUCACCAUCGCGGAGGUGAAAAGAAGACUGUCACCGCCGGAGUGCCUCAACGCCUCUCUACUGGGCGGAAUACUGCGCAGAGCCAAGUCAAAGAACGGCGGGCGGUGUCUCCGGGAGAAAUUAGACCGUCUCGGCCUCAACCUGCCGGCAGGACGGAGGAAAGCUGCCAAUGUCACACUGCUCACCUCCCUGGUGGAGGGAGAAGCGCUCCACCUGGCAAGAGACUUUGGCUACACCUGCGAGACGGAGUUUCCCAGCAAGGCGGUGGGCGAACAUUUGGCCCGGCAGCACAAUGAGUCCAAAGAAACCAACGCACGAAAGAAAAUGGUUUUGGCUACAAAGCAAAUCUGUAAGGAGUUCCAGGACAUGUUGAGCCAAGAUCGUUCUCCUCUGGGCUCCUCCAGACCGACACCCAUCCUGGACCUGGACAUCCAGAGACACCUUACACACUUCAGUCUAAUCACUCAUGGUUUUGGUACACCGGCUGUUUGCGCAGCUCUCAGCACUUUCCAAACAGUCCUGAGCGAGAUGCUCAACUACCUGGACAAAAACUCAAGCGGCAAAACAAGCGGACCAACUGAUCAGCAGAUUAACAGCAGCUCGGAAAAGUCGCAGCUCCGCAAAGCAGUUGAGCCCCAGAGCAAAGAUGGCAAAACGGAAAAGACUGAGUAGUCCCACCUGCCUGGUCCCCCGUGCCUUGGAGCUGUGUGUGCAUGUGUGUAUGUGUGUGUGUGUGUGUGUAUUUAUUUCUUUAUUUUAUUAAUUUAUUGAGUUCUGGAAUUAUGACGUACACAUGGACAUUCUAACGUGAGCAUUCCAUUGCAGGGUUGCUAAUUGCACAAAACACACACAUUCACACGCACACGCAGACAAGAAAGGGUUUGAGGCCAUCUGAAUGUUUUGCAACUGUAUACCAGUUUGAUAAAUACUUCUGAAAUAACAAAUUUGCUGCAUAUGUUAUUUUGAUAAUUAAUUAUAUUCAACGAUGUGACGACAGGUUAUUCAAUCUCACAAUAAUGAUCAACAAUGAUUUUACAAGAUAGGAAACAGAUAAAUAGAAUAUGCAACACUCUAUUUCGAUAACGCUGCAAGUGUUUGCAUUUGCAAAUGAUCAAUUCUACAUUACUGGGAAAUCACAAUGUCCCGUUACAGGUGAGCUAUUUUUAGAACAGGCCCGCGGGCGCGCUCACGUGCUACUUGCCCGCGGGAACCGUGUUGGUGACCUCAGAUCUAACACAUUGCUCUAGCCAACUUUUAUUGGCAACUUUCAAACUUUUCUAGCAGACGACACAAAAUCUGCCCCCAACCCUUUCCGAACGCACAAAUGAACCACACAAACGUGCCAGAGCACUUAGCUGGCUUCAUUUUUAAUUUCACAUUCAGUGCCACAGCGGUUAAUGUGUUUACCAUAUUAACAACAGCAAAUAGACUGUUUUUACAUGUGAGCCUUUACGAUGCUAGAGUCUGUUCUCAUGAGAAUUUAAUAGGAUUUUGUAUGAAAAAUAAUUCACUGAAUUUAUUAUAAAACUCUUCAUCCUACAUUUCUAAAUAAUUUCUACAUUCAAAAUCAUUUGCUCAAGAAGCUUUAAGAUUAUGGCACAAUUUCAUUUAUAUUUAUUUAUUAUUUAUAUUUAUUGAAUUGUGCAGCAUGUCUGCCAUAUAUGUGGAUUGCGCUGCAUCAUUUUAAGAGUUUUACUUGGCGGAUUUGUACGUGCAGCCGUCCAGUUUGAACGUCAUUGAGCGCACGUAACUUUUUAAACGAUUUCUUACCAAAUUCUUGUGAGAAUAAAAUGAAUGUCACAACGUGAGCUAUAGGCUACGUAGUAACAUGUGUGUGAAAAUGUAUGAGUGUGUUUUUGUGAGUUGGG